AUGACACAUUGCCACAUUUGCCUUGAUAAGUUGUUGGAUAAAGACGUUGUAUUCUAUAUGGCAGACUGUAGCCAUAUCGUGUGUUCGCCAUGUCGACAACAUGGUCUGGACAAGUGUCCAUUAUGCAAAAAAACAUGUCAGUUUGUGGCUAUUGGAGAUCAAAUCCCAGAGAAACUCGGCAGGUUUCUAAAGUCUCCAAAAGCUUUGUUGGAAGAUGCUGAAAAGGUCAUACAAUUUCAGAUAUCUACUCUUUAUAGCUUCGCUCAGUCUCUCAAGGAGAAAAACAAGAAGCAAAAACAGCUCUUGGACAAAGUUCAUAGUGAACUACUGGCAGCAAAAGAAUAUAAGCUUAAUGAAUAUAGUCAAAGAGAGCUCCCGAACUCGCCAUCAACUUCUGAUUAUUCUUCUUACCGCCAUUGUUCAUCACCUCUCAACAAACCAAACGAUCAACAUUUCGACGAUGUUAAUUAUCGUUCACCUAUUAGGCAUUCCAUAACUGGUACUGAUACAUAUAUGCAAAACAACAUGCAGCUGUCUGGUUUAUGUAUACCUUCUAUAAAUAGUAUAACAAUGUGGAGUUCUCCCCCAGGAUCUUCUUAUCCUUCUACAAGUGCAUAUCCAGGCAACACAGUGUUCCCAAGUACAUCUUAUUUAAUCCAUGAUGGGUUAGUUCGUGUUGCUGGCACCUCCUCUCUGCAGCCUUGGUCAUCUACAUCAUUUCAUCAAGCAAACUAUCCUUUUCGCCCACCACAACCGUAUUCCGGCCAGAGUCAUUGGAGAUGA